AUGACCAAAUCAACCCGUCAGCUACAGUUUUACACCAUCAGUUACGAGGAACAGUCAUCAUGCGAGCCUUCACAUAUUCUGGAACCUGGGUUUAGCGGACACAUUCAGGCCCUAGAAACAUUUACCCCAAAGAAAAACAAUAAUGCAUCCAGUGGUAAAGUCAAUGCCAUGUACAAGCACCAUAAUGGCUCGUCCAGUGCUUACACCAAGACCAACUCAUCAUACUUAAGGUACAAGCACCAUAAUGACUCGACCAGUGCUUACACCAAGACCAACUCAUCAUACUUAAGGUACAAGCACCAUAAUGGCUCGUCCAGCGCUUACACCAAGACCAACUCAUCAUACUUAAGGUACAAGCACCAUAAUGGCUCGACCAGUGCUUACACCAAGACCAACUCAUCAUACUUAAGGCACAAGCACCAUAAUGGCUCGUCCAGCACUUACACCAAGACCAACUCAUCAUACUUAAGGUACAAGCACCAUAAUGGCUCGACCAGUGCUUACACCAAGACCAACUCAUCAUACUUAAGGUACAAGCACCAUAAUGGCUCGACCAGUGCUUACACCAAGACCAACUCAUCAUACUUAAGGUACAAGCACCAUAAUGGCUCGUCCAGCUCUUACACCAAGACCAACUCAUCAUACUUAAGGUACAAGCACCAUAAUGGCUCGUCCAGCUCUUACACCAAGACCAACUCAUCAUACUUAAGGUACAAGCACCAUAAUGCUUCUUACACCAAGACCAACUCAUCAUACUUAAGGUACAAGCACCAUAAUAGCGCUUACACCAAGACCAACUCAUCAUGGUACAAGCACCAUAAUGGCUCGACCAGUGCUUACACCAAGACCAACUCAUCAUACUUAAGGUACAAGCACCAUAAUGGCUCGUCCAGCUCUUACACCAAGACCAACUCAUCAUACUCAAGCACCAUCAGUGCUUACACCAAGACCAACUCAUCAUACUUAAGGUACAAGCACCAUAAUGGCUCGUUCAGUGCUUACACCAAGACCAACUCAUCAUUAAGGUACAAGCACCAUAAUGGCUCGUUCAGUGCUUACACCAAGACCAACUCAUCAUACUUAAGGUACAAGCACCAUAAUGGCUCGUCCAGCUCUUACACCAAGACCAACUCAUCAUACUUAAGGUACAAGCACCAUAAUGGCUCGACCAGCGCUUACACCAAGACCAACUCAUCAUACUUAAGGUACAAGCAUCAUAAUGGCUCGUCCAGCUCUUACACCAAGACCAACUCAUCAUACUUAAGGUACAAGCACCAUAAUGGCUCGUCCAGCGCUUACACCAAGACCAACUCAUCAUACUUAAGGUACAAGCACCAUAAUGGCUCGUCCAGCGCUUACACCAAGACCAACUCAUCAUACUUAAGGUACAAGCACCAUAAUGGCUCGUCCAGUGCUUACACCAAGACCAACUCAUCAUACUUAAGGUCCACCAAGUUCUAA